AUGGCUCGUGCACCCUUUCGACAGGUACUUAACCAGUUACUAGCAAAGACAUCUUCGAGUGGAGGAAGUGGCCGUGGAAGCUCUGGUUCAGAUGGUCCUGGAAUAGGCGGAAUCAUUGGUUCGGCCGGUGCUCUUGUUGGUCUUGUUGCUUUUGGAACUGCGAUCAAUUCUUCCCUCUUUAAUGUUGAUGGUGGUCAUCGUGCCGUCAAAUAUUCCAGGAUCAAUGGUGUUUCAAACGAAGUUUAUUCUGAAGGAACUCAUUUCAACAUUCCUUGGUUUGAAACUCCCAUCAUCUACGAUGUUCGUGCCAAACCUCGAAACAUUGCAUCACUUACUGGAACCAAAGAUCUGCAAAUGGUCAAUAUUACCGUUCGUGUGCUAUCUCGUCCCAUUAUUCAAUACCUUCCAGAAAUUUAUCGUACACUUGGAGUUGAUUUUGACGAGCGGGUUCUGCCCUCUGUUGUCAAUGAGGUUUUGAAGAGUGUAGUCGCACAAUUCAAUGCAUCACAGCUGAUCACUCAGCGUGAACGUGUUUCCAAACUCAUUCGUGAUCAUCUUUUUCUUCGAGCUGGUCAAUUCAAUAUUGCUCUUGACGAUGUUUCCAUUACACACGUUGCAUUUAGUCCCGAAUUUACUCAUGCCGUUGAAGCCAAGCAAAUUGCUCAACAGGAGGCUCAGCGUGCCUCAUACAUUGUAGAUCGUGCAAAACAAGAGAAGCAAUCUAUUAUUGUCAAGGCAGAAGGAGAAGCCAAAUCAGCAGAACUUAUUGGUGAUGCCAUCAAAAAUUCGCCUGGAUUUUUAGAGCUUAGAAGACUGGACACGGCUCGUGAUAUUGCUACCACUAUUGCAAACUCAAACAACCGGGUGUUUAUUGACAGCGAUGGUCUUUUGUUGAAUGUUCGCGAUCUUGUUGGUGCUGGUCAGAAAUAACAAACUCGUUUUACCAUUUCGCUAAAAAGCAAUAAUGAACUUAUGCCCAUGUUUUAUUUC